ACUAACCACUUUUAUUGCAAAAAUUAUAUUUUAUAGUUGAGCUAUUGGAAUGAAUUGAUAAUAAAUAAUGUAAUUUUAAACCAAUGUAUAUAUUAGAAUAUAAGAAAAGAAAAACGGAAAAAACAGACAAAGACACUAAGAAUCCGGGAAAACACAAAUUCUGGCGGCAGAAAAAAAAAGGAUAAUUCAAUCCAGGGAAGAACAAGAAUCUGCGGCCCAGAAGCAAAAAUGGCGCUCCUUUCCUCUUCUCCUUCCCCGGCAAUCCCUCCCGGUCUCUCCUUCUCUCGCCGGAACUGUUCGCCACCGCCGCACUGUCGCCAUUCCUACAACCCCAUCUCUUCUUCUUCUUACCGCUUUCCCCGCCUCCGACCAACCGCAGCAGCAGCUUCCUCCGAAGUAUGUUCCCCUCACUCGCUCGACAAGUCAACCCUCUCAAUCUCCGUCGCCGAUUCCGACGACGAGCUCUGGGCAGCCGCCCGCCUCCGAGUCCGAUCCUUCUACAAGCUCAAUUCGUCGUCUUUCGGCAUUGAGGAUCAUAAGAAGUACCUAGCGGAGCGAGAGUAUGAAGCGAUGAAGGAACGCAUUGAUGGGUUGCGGCCGAUGUUUAGAAGGGUGUCCUGCCUCAAUGCCACUCUCCCUUUGUCCCAAUUCACUGAGUUUUUCGAAGAUUUCUGCGACGAAUGUAAGUAUACCGACAAUGGAGAAGAUCGAGUGGUGGUUGGAACUCUUGAUCUCAAUCAAUGUCUAAGACUUCCUGAUGAGAUAACCGGAAAGAGACCCGAGGGGAUUGGAGCUGAUUUUGCCAGGGCAUACUUGAGCAAUGUAUGUGUAGCCAAGGAGCUUCACCGAAACGGGUUAGGCCGAGAACUCAUUUCCAAGUCGAAAAUCGUCGCUCGAGAAUGGGGCAUUUCUGAUAUGUAUGUCCAUGUUGCCGUAGACAACGAACCGGCUAAGAAUCUCUACAUGAAAAGCGGGUUUACUUAUGAGAACGAUGAGCCGGCAUGGCAAGCCAGGUUCCUCGAUCGCCCUCGUAGGCUUCUGUUGUGGUUUGGUCUGUCAGAUAUACAGGAUUGGUUGGUAUGAUCAUGUAAAAAUUCCUCCCUUGUCUUCUUCAACAUUGUGCACAUACAAAGAAUACCAUUUGUAUCUAAUAGAACUAGCUUUGAAACUGUAUAUUAUUACAUCCUCAUGUUGUUCUCCAGCUGAUACAUGAUUCUCGAUUAUUUUCGUACUU